CGAACAGCACAACUCAACUGCAUAAUUGAGUAUGAAUACGCACUUCUCACUCUUUCUACAGUUCCAACAUCUCAUACUUUCUCCUUGCCGCAACCAAUAAGCACCACUCAAUCUGCGAAGGCACAACUUCUCUUGCAUCAAAACCAGGACACUAAACCCAGCACAAUGUCUCGCGGACUCAGUCGUGAUGAGCGCGAAGAGCUCGACCACAUGCUUGAGUACGCAGUAGAGUACUACCUAGAUCAAGGGGUCUCGCGGGGCGAGGCGUACGAUCGGGCUGCAGAGGCGGUGCACGAAAAGACAGGCUACCGCGCUAAUGGCCCAGCCUAUCGAGCUCUACGCGAAGCUGCAUAUCGCGAAGAUGCACAACGAUAUGCUGAGGAGACUGCGUUCGGACCUUCCCAGCGCCAUACAGAGGAGUCUGUGCGCAACUCCCAUUUUGGUCGCAACACGCAGUCUGGUUCCGGAACAGAGUACGAUCGCAUGUUUCAAAACGGUACAGACCUUGAUGCUGCUGCUCGGACGAACGGUAAGAGUUUAAGUGUUGAGGAGAUCAUGUGGCGAGCAAACCAGAUCACGAUGGACUUGCUUCGUAAGGACAAAAACGAAGGCUACGCCCGCCGACAGGGCGAACAGUUCAUGAUCCGAGAGAUGGGUAAGCUCAACGAAGCCGAGUUAGGUGACACCGAUGGCCAUGGUCAGUCUGCUCGCUCUGAGUAUGGUGAGUAUGGAAGCCAUGGUGCGCACCGAGCAACUAGUGCUCGUGCUCAGUCUGCUCGAUCGGAGUAUUACGACCACGAUUCUGGUUUUGAGGAGCCUCACGAUUACUCGGACGGUAUUCGUAAUUGGUCUGCUCGAUCGGAGUACGGUAGCCGCGGUGCUGGUCCUGAGCAGCGGUAUGACACCUCCUAUCGUUACACCGAAGAGCAGCUCCGGGUCAUCGUGAAGGACAUCUAUGAAUCGUGGAUCGCAAAGGGCGUUCAUCCUGAUGAGGCGCGUCAAGAGGCUCAGAAGUGGUUUCUUCAAAACGCUCGCGAGUCCGGAUCGUCGUCUCGAUCUUCCGGAUUUAACAGCUUCAGCGAUAUGCGAGAUGCUCUUGACGACGACGAGGGCCAUGGUAGUCGACGUUCCGGCUCCGCGCGUGGACCUCGUGCUGGCAUGCCCCGCCCGCCUGGGUGGGAGGGCCCUGAGUAUGAUCAGUACUUCACUGACGAGCCUGAAGAUGACUUCUAUACCCGCCGCGAGCCUUCUCGAUACUCCUCUCGUAACGGUCCCAGCGGCUUCUCUUCUGAUAAUCACAACGGCUACGACGACCGCUCGGGCUGGUAUGGUCGUUCCGGUAACGACCAGCCACGCAUGGAACCAUCCGGCGUCAAGCCCGUUGAGGACCUGUACGUGCUACUGGGCGUCUCAAAGCACGCGAGCGUUGAGGAGAUCAAGCAGGCGCACCGCAAGCUGUGCAUCAAGCACCACCCUGAUCGCGUGAAGGGUGGCACGGCAGCGAAGAAGGUGGCGACGGAGAAGAUGGCGCAGAUCAAUCAGGCUUGUGAUGUGUUGAAGCACAAGGAGAUGCGGGCGUUCUAUGAUCGCACGGGGCUGAUUGCUAGCAUGGGUAAAAGCCCGGAUGCCUGACUUGUUACGGAUGUGCUGAAAUAUUGAGGAUUGAGUAUACUGUUUCACCUGCUAGCCAUUCAUAUGAAGAAUUGAUGAGAAUAUGUGAGUUGUUAAAUCCAUGUUUUGUACAGGUGAGCGCGAUGAUGACGAUGUCACUGUCAAUGGAAGUUUAAGGUCCACAAUCCUACAGUACUUCAGUAACACCUUCACAGAAAAUGAAGGCUCAUCAAGGCCUCAACGUGGUUCUUAACGUGAUGAAUUCAAUGUCGUGGUUGCGUGUGAGGAGUGAUGUUUGGACCAGAAGACAAGGGCCGAGGCACGGAUGCGCCUUCC